AUUCAUCUAGCGCGUAAUGACAAGUUCCUGACAGCCCUCAAUCGAAAGCUUUCACCGCGCGAGCCCGAAAAAUACUGAAAGGGGGGCCUCGAGGUGGGCACGGAGCCAGCGCAGAGGCCGCUCGCGUCAGUGUUGAUUUCGCUCAGCUCACUCACGGCGCUGGCGGCUAGCACAGCCACGUUGCAGCUGCCGGGAGGAGGCUUUCAGGCUCGACAAGUCGGGGCGCGCAACGAGCCGCCGGUUAAACUUCCGGAGCCGCCGCCGCGAUCGAUCGGGAAGCGUCUAUUGACAGUGUCAUCCCAGAAACAGCUCUUCCAGCAGCAAUUCGAGCACGGCCUAUAUGCUAGUCAUGCCAGCACCUGCCGCCCAGGCCACCGACACGCCUCCCCCGCCGCCCCGGAGCUCCUUCCGUGGCGAGUCCGACCUCCUCGGCGGCUGUGGCGGCGGCGGCUGUAACAGUGACAGUAGCAGCCAGGCCGACGGCUGCAGCCGCCGCGGCGCCCUCGGUGCGCUGCUGCUGGCGCUGCCGCCGCGUGUGCUGGCGGCGGGACUGUCGGCAGUGCCCGUGCGGCCGCUGACAGUCGGUGGUCGCGGCGCCUUCAGCGGCUGGUGGCAGCCGCACCGCCGCACCUGGUCCGCGCCCACGCAGGCAGCGGCCGUGUGCACGCAGCCGACGGACGCGCCCGCAGCUGCGCCGCCGGCCGGCCUGGCCACCACUGCCGCUGCUCCGGCGGCUGCGGCGGCUGCAGUGGACCAGGCGGCGGCUACUCCCGCGCCUGCGGCGGCGGCGGCCCAGCAGCAGCAGGCACCGCUGCAAUCAGAGAUCCAGCCAGCUACAGCCUCCGAGAUGGAGCCGGAGCCAGAGCCGCCGGGGGCCUUUGCAGUUGCGGCGGCGGCGGCCCUGCCGCUGCUGGACCUCCCGCCUGAGCUGUCGGGGCCGCCGUCGCUGGCCUACGGAGAGAGCUUCACAUCCACCACCGUCCUGCAGACGGCACCGGCGGACCCCGCCCUGAGCGCGUCGCAGCUCCCGCCCGACUACAACCGGCGCGCGACGCUGCUGCUACUGCGCCUGGUCGCGGCGGCGGCGGCGUUCGCGGCUGCAGCUGCCGGCCUGGCGGCGGCGGCGCUGUGGCUGGUGGGCUGGCGGCAGCUGCUGGUACUGCUGGUGGCGGCGGAGGCCGCGUUUGCGGUACAUUACAGGCGCAAGUAUGCGAUGCUGAACGCGCAGCCUGCCCGCCACGCGCCCGAGCACCACGACCCGCUGGCCGCAUUCCAGCGCCUGCUGCAGGUGUGUCAAUACUUUAGUGCCAAGAUAGACGCGCGCGUGUACCUGUCCACCUGGUUCUGCGGCGCUGACUACCGGCUGAUCCGGCGCGACAACGUGGCCGAACUCAUCGCCUACGGGUUCUGGUACAAGAGCAGGUCUGAGAUGGAGGCCGCCGGCCUGGGUCCGCUGCUGCGGCAGUGCGUGUCGGCUCUGGAGUGCGCCUUCCGCAUCUCGCUGCCGCCCGGCCACCAGCCCGGCCUGCGCUGCAUGUACCACCUGUGGGAGCCGCUGCGGACCAUCUACCGGCCCCUGACAUUCUACGCCGCCACAGAGGCGCUGGCGCUGCUCACGCAGGCGCUGCUGCUAGCCAUGGGAUGCAGCCUCAGCAGGCAGAGCACGCCGGUGGCGGAGGAGACCGCGGCGGCGGGAGGCGGGGCGGGAGGCGGGGCCGGGAGGGGGCUGGGCAUGCUGGUCGCCACGGCGGGGCUGGAGCGGCCGGCGGCCGCAGCCACCCGUGUCGCCGGGACUGUAAGCGAGGUGGCUCGCGCUCAUGGGGAGCGGAGCAAGGUGGACCGCUCCGGCACCGGCAACAGCAUCGCCACCGCCGCAGCCGCCACUGGUGCUGGGGCCAGCGGCUUGGGCCAGCAGCUGGCGGCGCCUCCUCCUCCGCACGGUCCGGAGCCGCUGGUCCUAGCCUCAUGGGCCUCCGACCGCUCCACCGCAUCCCUCACCUCGCGUGCAACCCACCUCACCGGCAGCAGCAAUAACAGCAAUGGCGGUAGCAGCGACAGCAACCGUGGCAGCGGCAGCGAGGGCGGCAGCAGCUCCGCUGAAGGCGCCAGGGACGCCAGCAGCUGUGGCGCUGGUGGUGGUGGCGCUGGCGGUGGUGGCGGUGCUCGCCGCUGGGGGCGGGUGCGCUGGCCUGCAGUCGUGCUGGGCGUGCUGUGGCGACGGCGGGACACACGCCAGCCACCCGCUCGUGCUGCGGCCCCUACGGCCGCCGCAACGGGUGCGGGAGGUGGUGGUGCUGUGCCGCCGCUGACGCCCGUCCUGCUGCUGCACGGUGUGGGGCUGGGGCUACUGCCGUACGUCAACUUCAUCCGCUGCCUGCUUGCUGCUGGUCUGCCGCUGGUGGCUCUGGAGUACAAGCACGUGAGCAUGCGGCUGUGCUCCGUCAUCCCCUCCGCCGACGACAUAGCGCUGGCCGCGGCAGCGCUGCUGUCGCGGCUGGGCGUGUCGGGGGCGUGUGUGGUGGCGCACAGCUACGGCACAUUCGUGGCGUCACGGCUGGCGCAGCUGCGGCCAGACACGCUGCAGAGCCUGGCGCUUCUAGACCCCGUGUGCUUCGGUAUGUUCAUGCCUCACCUUCUUGCCAACUUCAUCUACCGCCAGCCCCGCACCAGCUCGCUGUCGGUGUGGGCCAAAGACGUGCUGUUCAACUUCGUGUCGCGGGACCUGCACUGCGCCGCCGCACUGUGCCGCCGCUUCUACUGGAGCGACGUAAACCUAUGGCCGCAGGAUAUUCCCAGCCGCACACUGGUGGCUAUUGGCGGAAACGACCAACUCAUUCACGUGGACGAGGUCCUGGACUUCAUCCAGCACUACGCCGCCAAGAUCCUGUACCACCACAAACACGCGCACGCCGAGCUGCUGCUAGACACAGCCUGGCAGCAGCAGGUCAUCGCUGACAUAUACCUGAUGGCGGGCUCGGGCGCCGGCGCAGCGGGCGCACGCGAAGUGGAGCGGCGGCUCACCGCCAUGCCCGCGGCGGCGGUGCGGCGCACACCUACCCUCUCUGCCGCUGUGCUGGCGCCGACACCGAACCCGGCCGUGGCCGCUGGUGCUGCUGCGGCCGCUGCUGCCGCCGCUGCGGCUACUGCUAGGGCGCGCGCGACGGCGGCGGCGGCGGCUGCUGACGCGGCGGCCCCUGGCGAGGAGGUGGGGCCGCAGGGUCUGGCUGGGCUGGCGGCGGUGCCGGGUGUGGUGCGCCGUGUCACCACCCGCAGCUUCAGGCUCAUGCACCAGCCCACGCAGCCGUCACCGCAGCCCACGCAGCCGCUGCAGCAGUCGCCGCCGGAGGGGGCACAGGCUCGGGCUGGGCAGGCGGCAGCGGCUGGCGGCGGGGGCCAGGUGCUGGUGGAUGCGUCGCAACACGCCCAGCCGUGGCAAGGAGGGACCGAGCAGGAGGCGGCGGCGGCGAGUGAGGAGGACGUGGCAGCGCUGGCGGCGGCCCUCAGCGCCCAGAUCGGGGCUGCCAGGAGGAAGACGACGCUGCCGUUGGCGGAGAAGCCAGCGCUGGCGGAGGCGCCGGCCGCGGCUUUGGUGACCCCUGGCUUGGGGCUGGCGCCCGCGCCUGCCGCGCCCAUGCCGGCAUCUGCGUCAGCACCGGGUCAUCAGCAGCAGCAGCUGCCACCUGAAUAUGCGGUGGCGCCGGCGGCGCCUGCAGCGGUGCCUGCUGUGGCGGGUGUGUCGCGCCGCGAGUCUGUGGGCGCCGUCGUGCGCAAGGAGUCCAGCGGCAGCUGCAUCUGGGCCUCAGGGGCGCCGCGGCCGGGCCCUGGCGGUCCCGCAGGCGGCAGCGGCAGGCGCGGACCCGGCGCCGCGGUGGGCGCGGCGGAGCGCACCCUCAGCCUGGGCUGCUGGCCCGAGGGACUUGCCUUUGCGGCCUGCGGUGGUGAGCUACCUGUGGUGCCGCCGCCGCCGCAUCAGCAGCUGCCCGCAGUGGGCCGGCGCCUGACUGCCUCCGCCGUGUCCGGCUCCCAACUGGACGGGCUGCUGCUGCUGGAGCUGGCGGGGGCCGGCCUCAACCGCUCCAUGCUCAUACAGCAGCAGCGCCAGCAGCAGCAGCGUCAACUGCAGGCGCAGACGCAGCAGCAGCAGCUAAAGCUACACGAAGCGGCAGGCGCGCCUCCGCGGCUCAGCGAUGCAGCAGCGGCGGCUACAGCUGCUGCCAACUCAUCAUUGGCGACGCACCGCGCCGCGGCAUCCACACAUGCAGGAUGCCCUGAGGCCAGCCGCCCGGCGGCUCCCGCCGGCGACUCGACAGCUGCCGGCGACGGCGGCGCCACCCACGCUGCGGCGGUUGGGCCUGCCGCUGAGCACCACCCUGUGCCGCACCACCCCUCCUACCUGCACACGCAUCGCCGCGCACACGCCGCUCACUCGCACCACCACCAGCACCGGCAUCACCGCCUGCGCCCGGCCGCGGCUGCUCCGCGCGGACCAGCAGCGGAGGCCGCUGGGCCCGCGUCGCCGCCAGGCCAGCAGCACCUGCAGCACCAGCGGCAUGAGCACCUGCAGCCGCCAUUGCCGCUGUCGCCAUUGCCGCUGUCGCCGCUGUCGCCACUGCGGCUCACACUGCAUCAGUGCUGCCCGCCGAUGCCUUGCAUCGCUGAGGACGGUGGUGCGCCGCCGGCUGCUGCUGCAACGGCUGCGGCGGCUGUCGGGGACGCGCAGAUCGGUGUCGUAGUGCCGGGUGUCCGGACCAGCACCAGUGACAGCGACAGCACGAGCGCCAGCACCGGCAACGCUGACAGGCUCGAGCCUCAGCCGAGCGACAAGCAAAGCAGCGGCCCAGUCGGCAGCGAGGACAGCAGCCCGUACAGUAGUGACAUCAAACUUGCCAGCGGCAGCAACGGCACCGUCUCGCCGCCCAUCUCCCCACCCGCCACGCCGUCAGAUGCGAGUGGUCCCGCCACGCCGAGCUUCCUGCGGCCGCGACUGUCCUGCCACCUGCUGCCCAGCUGGGGCGGCGCGAAUGCGCUGUCCGUGUCCGCGCCAGCGGGUUGCUGCGGCCUGGCGCCCCAGCGGCUGGUGGGAGGUGCGUGGGUGGAGGCGGCAGCGGCGCGGGCUCACCGCCUGCGGCGCACAGUGAGCGGCUGAGAUGGGGCGAGAGGCUGUCCAGAUGGGGUGAGAGCCAAUGGUGAGAUUUGGGUUGUGAAAGUGUUUGUAAUGGCAUCUUUCUUCUCACCGUGGCUUUGCCUGAUGCUUGAUGAAGAGCUUUGCUAGGGUUGCGUGGCGCGGGUUACUCGUUUUGUUGUUCACGAGCGUGUUUGAAUUCGUAGAUGCAGAGUGCGCCUAUGAUGCAAUGAUGCAAUAGCAGCAGCGUAUGAUUAGCGAAUGCCGGGGCACGUCAGGGCGCGUCACAGCUCACAGCGGAUGCCCUCCGCGUUGCUUAGCCACAGUGGUUACUCGGCCCUUGACUGUUGGCCCUUGACCCUUGUUGUAGGCAGUUGGGUGGUCUCACAUGAUCGUGCCGCCCUCAAUGGCUGUGGUGUUGCUGAUCCACCCCCUGGCAGGCCAACAAAGUAAACGGUAGGCUGGAAGCUUGCAAGGCAGGAGUGGGGUCGGUUUCAGUUGGUCUAGCGUUGGUUGGCUAGUAACUCCGUACAGGUGCUGCUUAGUCGAGGGCGCCUAGUGUAUCGUUGAUUCCCUUGAUGUGUGUCUGGUGAACAGGGAUGGAGAUUGUUGCUUGUCGGUUCGCUGCCCUGUCUGCAGCUUAUUCUGGGCUGCUGCAUAGCGAAAGGUAGUUGUCCUGUGUACGCACGGUGGGUGGAUAGGGGAGCCACAGGAACUCGCUCAGACAACCGUGAAAUUACAACUUCG